AUACAUGGUGACUAUGACUUUGGCACUGGAAUUAACACACGAAAUUGCCCUUUAUGAUCUCUCACCAGCAGAAGCCAUAAGCAUACUUAAUUCACUUAGGCAUGGCUCAAAGUUUGAACUCUCCAAAUUCCUUGUACGACUUUGUGGUUAAAGAGGGCAAUGGUGUGAAAGGUGUGGCAGAGUUAGGGUUACUAGAGGUUCCAGAGAGGUACAUACAACCCCCAGAGGAACGAAUCAAGAAGGAAGAUUCAAGGAUAUGUGAUGCUCCACCCAUUGACUUGUCAAAGCUGAAUGGAGCUGAGCAUGAGAAAGUGAUGGAUGAGAUUGUUAGAGCAGCUGAGACUCUUGGCUUCUUUCAGGUGGUGAACCAUGGUGUGCCUUUGGAGUUGUUGGAAUCACUCAAAGAUGCUGCACACACAUUCUUCAACUUGCCACCAGAGAAGAAAGUUGUGUAUCGUGCAGAAGUUAGCCCUAGUCUAGUCACAAAACUUGGAACUAGCUUUAUGCCUGAGAGAGAGAAGGUUUGGGAGUGGAAAGACUAUAUCAGUAUGGUUUAUAGAAGUGAUGAAGAUGCUCUUCGAUGUUGGCCUAAUCAUUGCAGGGAAGUAGUACUUGAGUAUUUGAAAUUAUCAUCAAAGAUGGUUAGGGUGAUCAUAGAAAUCUUGAUAAGUAAGCUUGGGGUCUCACUGGAUGACUCAAAGGUUGAAAGUCUUAUUGGAAUGCAAACAGUGAACAUGAACUACUACCCACCAUGUCCAAAUCCAGAACUCACAGUGGGUGUAGGGCGUCACUCAGACCCAGGAACUAUUACAGUGUUGCUCCAAGAUGGAAUUGGAGGCUUAUAUAUUAAAAUGGAACAACACAAUGAUACUGGAAAAGGAGAGUGGUUGGAAAUUCCACCAAUCCCUGGUGCCCUAGUCAUCAAUGUUGGUGAUAGUUUACAGAUAUUGAGCAAUGGGAAGUACAAUAGUGCUGAACACCGAACAAGGACAACUAGCACCAAAACAAGGGUAUCAGUUCCAAUUUUUAUUGUGCCCUUACCUACUGAAAGGAUUGGCCCAUUGCCAGAGGUGGUAAAAAAUGAUGGGUUGGCUCGAUAUAAGGAAGUUAUAAUGCAGGAUUACAUGACCAACUUCUUUGGGAAUGCUCAUGAAGGAAAGAAGUCUCUUGAUUUUGCUAAGAUCAACUAUGCCUAACUAGUAUAAAGAAUGUAAUGACUUAGAAGCGUUUGUAUCUCAUAAUAUGUUAUUUGCCUUAUUUUUCUCUUUUUGUAUAAUAUGUAGAGUUAAUUACUUAUACACUACCAGUGUAAAGUUUUUUUUACA